UCAUCGGUGCAGUUCUGACAAGUUGACAAGUGGUUCUCUGGAUUAUUGUUUCUUUUGCACCCGUCAAGCUGGCACAUGCCGAUUUUAAUAAAUUUAUGCCCUUCAAUGUCUAAACUGCUUUAACUGAAUCGAUUACUCAUAUACAUAAUUGAUUAUAACGAUUAUAGAAACAAAAAAGAGGAAUUAAAAACAUCUUGAUUGUCGCGAGUUUCUUAUUUACGUCUUUCAUUAACAAUAGUGAUCAGGUGUCAACAAAUUUAAAAGUGCUUGUCCCUCUUUUUAUUAUUGAAAAAUACAGACAAUUUUUUGUGUUUCGCUUGUCGUGUUGGUUAGGUUAGGUUACAAUCGUGAGGUCAGAUUCAGAUCAGGACUUCGAAACAACUCGGAGAGUCCAUGUUUUUUUCGCUCCAAUAGUGAACGCGUUUACUUUCACGGAAAAAUGAAAACGUGAUUUGUGUUUGCUUGUGCGCGUCAUAUUCCAUAGAAUUUCCACUUGCUGAUGACAUGUUCGCUUCUUCGCCGCCGGCUGUCAUUGCGUCAGUGUCAGUUCUGAACUGAACGCCAAAAAGAAUCCGUGUUGUGUCGUGUGGUGACUGACUUUCCUGAAGUGAGAAUAAAUCGCGGAAAAAUAGAGAUUACAUUUUGACGAUGUGGGUUUAGCAAAUGUUUUUAUGAACAAACAACCGGAGUUUUGUGUACAGUGGUGAUUUUUCUGAGAAAGGAUAUCCUACUAUAAUCAUAACCUCCAAUCCGAAAAAGGUCAAGCCUGUAGACCUUUUUAAGUGUCAAGAGGUAGAAAGAAAUGGAAAAAGUUCACGAAAUGCCACAACCAGGACCAACAGUACCAUCAGCUCCUUUACCGACAGCUCCGCCUUCCUAUGAGGAAGCUGUCGCUCAAUCUGGAUUUGCUCCUAAUUUACCGAGUAAUCCACCAUAUCCAGGAGGUGGACCACAAAUGCCUAUGCCGACACCUUUUGUGCAACAAGGAGUACCAGCACCAAUAACAGUGCCACCAACUCAAAAUGCUGGACCUUACCCACCACAAUUUGCACCCACACAGAAUUUCACACCUCCCACACAGGAAGUUCGAAUAGUUCAUCAGCAUGUAGCUGUUUCCUUAGGACCCAAUGCUGUAAAAAUGAAGUGUCCAACUUGCCAUGCUGAUAUUAAGACAUCCACAGUCGCAGAUCAUCAGCCCAGUGCUCAUAUCUGUUGCAUCAUUCUUUGCCUACUUGGAUGUUGCCUCUGUUCAUGUCUGCCAUACUGCAUGAGCGCCUUCUUGAGCGUCCAUCACUUUUGCCCCAACUGUAAAACUUAUAUCGGAACAUGGAAGGGUUGAUUUUUUUCUAGGAAUCCUAUUAUCUAUGCUGAGAUAAAUUCAAUAAGUCUACUUUUGACGCGUACUAAGUAUCGAGAUAAAAAAAUCUAUUAGAUUAACGAAUCUUUAAGUUUUGUUAUCGACUAUUUUCUCUUCUUUAUCAUUUUUUGCCGCUACAAACGAGUAGAUUAUCUAGAAUUAUAGAUCUAUCGUAAGAAUGUUUAUAUUAUAAUUGUAAAGAAUGAAUGAGAUGAACCGUUUGAGAUUCGAGGGGUGUCGAUUUUCAGAAUUGUUAGAUAAAUCACUGUUCUAAUUGUUCUUUUAUUUUUUUUUAUAUCUUAGGCGUUUGUAUAGAUAUUAUCGUUGCACGAUAUUCGGAAGUGAAAAAAGUAUUCGGGUAGCCUUUUGAAAUUGAUUUUUCCAGUUUUUUAACAGUGUCUCUACUCAUCUGGGAAAUCUGAAAACCCUAGAAUUUGUUAGGGAAACUGUAUAUGACAAGAACGACCUGGAAAUGCCAGGCGUUUUUUUUCAAAGUAAGAAUUAAUUGAAAGGUAGCUGAAAAUUCGAUUUUUUUUUGUUGGAAAUCAAUUUUUUUAACAGAAAAUCUAACUAUUCUGU